GGCUGCCAUUGGCUCCGGCGGGGAGCGCUGACCGCCAGCCUCCUGCGAACGAUUUCCUGUUGUUAAUGCUAAACAGACCUUUCCCUCUCUUCCCUCGCUCCAGUCAAAGUGCAGCAGGCUCCCACCGCCGCCCGCCGUCCUGAUGCCCAGCACGUGCUGCCCGCAGAGCCCCUGAGCGCGGCCGGGCGCCGCGAUGGAGAGCCGCAAGCAGGACAUGGAGCUGCUGAGCAACAGCAUGGCCGCGUAUGCACACAUCCGAGCCAACCCCGAGAGCUUCGGGCUCUACUUCGUGCUGGGCGUCUGCUUCGGGCUGGUGCUGACCCUGUGCCUGCUGGUGCUGCGCAUCUCCUGCCGGCCCCGCGCCCGCCACCCGCCCCGGCCCCGGCCCGACCUCAGCGAGGACGACGACGACGAGGACGAUGAAGACGAGGAAGAGGAGGACACCAUUGACCGUGCCGCUUCCGAGUCGCUCCUGCCGGUGACCGAGAUCCCUCUGGAGAGCCACGGCCCCGGGGACGGCGCGCUGCCCAUCAACGUCUUCGCCUCGGCCGAGGAGCUGGAGCGGGCGCAGCGGCUGGAGGAGCGCGAGCGCAUCAUCCGAGAGAUCUGGCGCAACGGGCAGCCCGACAUCCUGGGCACCGGCACCGGCACCCUGGGCCGCGUGCACUACUACUGAGCGCGGCGUGGUGAGGCUGGGGGGCACAGGGAGACCCUCGCCCCCUCCCCAGGAACUCAGCCGAUGCCGUGCCCUGAGAACCUGCGGCAUCACCGGGGGCUGAGAGCGGCGUAGGGCGCAGUUUGGUGCCGGGAUUGCGGAGCACAGCGGGGCCGCUGGAUGCCCAUGGGGUGGAGCAGCUCCUUGGAGCACCCCCAGCACCAUUUUCUCGCCCCCCCCCGUCUGCCACCACGCGCAGCCGCUGCGGACACGAUGCACUUUGAGCCAUUGGUACGACUGCUGGCAAAGGUCAGCAGCCCUGGGACCCUGUGGGGAUGGGGACAAGGACGAAAACGAGGACAAGGACAAGGACAGGAACAAGGACAAGGACAGGGACAGGGACAAGGACAUGGCAGACCAUGCCCGCUGGCCCCACGGUCUCUGCGCUGUCCCCUCGGGCUGUACCCCCGUGCUCUCCGUGGGGUCCUGUCCUUCCCCACCAACACGGUGCUUUUGUCCCCUGC